UACGGUCUCGAAGCGGCCGUGCUGCGUGCGUCGAAAAUACGUCCCGUUCGCACCGUCGACGCGUUAUACGGACUUGGCGUAAGCUGGUUUCGCGAACCGAGCGCGGAGUCGAUACUCGGGUCGGCGGCGUGUACCGAAAACGGAACCGAGGAACCGCGCCGAGCCUCGAGACGGUACAGUGGGGCGGAGCGGCGCCGUCGUUGCGCUCGAACUGGGCGCUUCGAGACUACGGGAGGUCGCGACGCGCACCGUUCCGACGUCGCUGACGAAGGCGAUGGUACCGGACGACUGCACCUCAGUGCCCUGAUCUUCGCCGUAGAUCGCGAACACGUAACCGAAAUUCGCGUAAAAUGUGAACGGUUCCGGGUAGCUCGAGUGCCGCAAAUGUUUAAGACUCUCGGUGCGAUCGGGAUCAUGUCGCCGUGUACAACGAAAGAACUAGAAAAUUUGUGUACGCAGUUGACCGCCGAGUCUCGCGUGACCUGACCGAACUAAUUCCCAUCUUUGUAGAAUUUUACGCGGCCCGAGAACGCGGAGGGCGUGUACAGCGAACGCCGAGGAGAUCGUCGAAAAAAGGAAGAAGAGGAAAGAAUCGGGAGAAGUCGAGGGACCCCCGACGGGGCUCCCUCGUGGACGCCGGCUGGCCCGUGCAUGAUUCCGGCACUGGACGUCGGUGGUGACGAAGGGGCUGAUGUCAGUGCGGCCACUCGGCGCCCGCUCCGUGGCUCGGAUGCGCGAACGCGACACCCGCAUCGUCGUACCGCGAGUGAAGCUCCCGACGGAGGCGGAGGCGGCAGUAGCAGCGGCCGACGACGGUGAUGGUCAGCCGCGAAACAGUGGUGACUGCUGACUGGCGCACGAUUAAACGGAAACUCGGUCUCGCGUACGGUGCCGUGCCGGUCGGUCGGCCCUAGGGGCGGCAGCUUCGGGAAUAAUGCGCGUUAGGCACGUUGCACGGCGACGAGGACGACGGUUCGACGCGAGGGACCCGAGCAGCCAGCCGCGGGUGCAGCUGCAGCUACGCAAUUAUGUACGCGUACGGUUUCGAGAUCACGUAGUGGCUGCCGUGUAAUUAUGUUGUCAUCGACGCGCGGCGCGCCCUGUGUAGCUUCACGGUGAAAAUCUGGCGUGAGCGGUGCCGCGGUGGAACGGGGAACAUGGCGUCGGUCUCGGCUGAGACUCCAGCCAGCCAUGGGCACAGCUUCAGCAAGAAGACGUUUCACAAGCGGACGUACUGCCAUAGCUGCACCGACACGCUGUGGGGCCUCAUACAGCAGGGGUACAUCUGCGAAGUUUGUAACUUCGUGGUGCACGACCGCUGUCUCAAGGCCGUCGUCUCUCCCUGCUCCAGCGUCGCGGCAAGCCUCAUUAAGAACCCGGGUGCACACUGUUGGUCCGAACAGGUACAUCGUAAAAGAAAAUUCUGCAACGUCUGUCGCAAACGGUUCGAUGAUAGUUUAUCCGUACACUGUGAAAUAUGCGAGUACUUCGUACACACGGAGUGCCAGGAUUUUGCCGUGGCAGACUGCAAGGAGAACGCCACGUACUUGCCUGAGAAGGACUUGGCGCAGGUAAAACACACUCAUCACUGGCGAGAAGGCAAUCUUCCCAGCAGUUCGAAAUGUGCUGUCUGCAAGAAAAGCUGCUUUUCUACCGAGUGCCUUUCCGGGUUUCGUUGCGAGUGGUGCGGCAUGACGUUGCACUCAUACUGUUAUAAAAAUAUCCCGCAAGAAUGCACCUUUGGGAACUUGGAACCAAUCUACUUACCACCGCAUGCAGUCAGUAUUCCACGUACGGAGGUUCCCAUGGAGGCGAUCAUCGGAGUACAAGUACGUCGAAAAGAAGUCCUGACGCGUGAGUAUUCCUGCCAUAACAUCGGAGAGCAAUUCGAUUUCGCUGAGAGUGAACAAAAUGGGGCUGCAGGCCGCCUAUCCGAAGCUUUGAGGCGCCUUUCACUAGUUUUGCCACGUAGCUGCCAUGGAAAUUGUCAUGCUUCCCCUCCUUAUGUUCGAGCGAGAAGCAUAUCGGAAGAGUUCAGCAGCGCGGACGCAAGGUAUCGUGACAAUGGCGAACCAGCACCAGGUGGUACGCACAGUCGCGAUCCACGUUCGCCGAAGGAGAAAGAAGAUAAAGAUAGAAGCGACGAAGAAAUGGUCAAGGUGUACGACGGCAAUAAUUCCCUCAGACGACGGAUAUUUCGCGUGAUCUCUGUUCCACGGCAAGCAACCACGGAACAGGUCCUGACGUCGGCGCUUCGUGCAUUUCACAUUACGAAAGAUCCCAGCAACUUUUACCUCACCGACCUGUAUGCUACGGAGGAGACCGAAUUAUGCGAUCCAACGCCGGUUCUAAACUUGAAUCGCAAAGAGGGGAAACGUCCGGCUGUCUUCUUACGAUUCAAGGAUAGCGAAGCUGGAGAAGUGCGCGUCUAUCCAGGCAAGCUACAGGUGUCAGAGUCAUUCUGCAUAGUACCUGUCACGGAAACAACAACGAUCGCCGACUUAAUCGAGGAGGCACUCCAGAAAUUUGGUCUGGAAAAUUUCAAGUCGGAAGAUUAUAGAUGUAGCGAGAUUCUUCUGGACCGCGGUGUCACCGAAAGAGUUUUAACUCGUGACGAAAAGCCAUGGGAGAUUGUCAAGCAGCUAGGGAAAGAUUCGAUCAGGCAAAUGGAGCUGAUGCGAUUCUAUCUGCAGUUGAAGCAAGAUCCUCACGGACCUAAUUUAGCUUUAUUCGUGGGUAACCUGCCACCGAAUCUCUCGGAAAGAAGUUACGAGAACAUGUUGACCGAAUUCUUAGGCAAAGAAAAUAAAUUCUCCUCGAUUGGUCCCAUAUAUUACGAGUACGGCUCGAUGGUAAUCAUUUACGAGGAUGCGAAUAAGGCAGUCAGAGCGUUGUAUACAUUGCGGGAAUCGAAAUACGAGGACAAACAUCUAUUAGUUAUGCUGUUACCGAGUAUCGAGCCAAGCAUGGUUCCGCCGGGUGUACAACCUUUGCUCGUCUUCGUGAAUGUAAAGUCCGGCGGUUGUCAAGGACUUCAAUUGAUCUCCAGCUUUCGUAAACUUUUGAAUCCGUAUCAGGUGUUCGACCUGGACAAUGGAGGACCACUUCCUGGACUUUACGUUUUCCGUCAUAUAAAGGAUUACAAAAUCUUAGUUUGCGGUGGGGAUGGAACAAUAGGAUGGGUACUGCAGUGUUUGGACAACGUAGGUCAGGACAGCGAGUGCUCCUCACCUGCGUGUGCCAUCGUUCCUCUGGGAACAGGAAACGACCUUGCGCGUGUUCUGUGUUGGGGUUCCGGUUACACUGGUGCCGAGGAUCCUUUGACUUUGCUCCGCGACGUGAUCGAUGCGGAGGAAUCUCUGUUGGAUCGAUGGACCGUAGUGUUUCAUCCAGAAGAGAAGGAAGACAAGCAGUUAGUCCUCAAUAUAGGAGGAGCCGGUGCAACGAGCGAGGACAAUACGCAGAUAUUCGUAAUGAACAACUACUUCGGAAUUGGUAUCGACGCCGAUUUGUGUUUGGGCUUCCAUAACGCCAGAGAAGAAAAUCCGGACAAGUUCAAGAGCAGACUGCAUAACAAAAGGAUGUACAUGACGCUGGGUUUACAGAAGUUGAUGAAACGGAAACCUUUGAAAGACUUUCACAAAGAAAUUCGAUUAGAAGUGGACGGAAAGCUUGUCGAAUUACCUGAAGUCGAAGGAAUAAUUAUCCUUAAUAUUUUAAGUUGGGGUUCCGGAGCGAGUCCCUGGGGAUCAGACGCCAAGGAAGAUCAAUUUUGUCCGCCAAAUCAUUGGGACGGGUUGUUGGAAGUAGUCGGUGUUACGGGCGUGCUGCAUCUUGCGCAAAUUCAAUCUAGUCUUCGUGCAGGGUUGAGGAUAGCUCAGGGAGGACACAUAAAGAUUCACUUGCACUCUGAUACACCGGUACAAGUGGAUGGGGAGCCGUGGGUCCAGAGUCCAGGGGAUAUCGUAGUAUUAAAGUCAGCACUGAAGGCUACCAUGUUGAAGAAAAAUAAGAUCAAGCGUCGGAAUACCGAACCGUCGAUUCCACCCGCUAAUGGGGAGGGGGGCAAGAGCACGGACGAGUGUACCAACAAAACCUAACCACAGCUUGCAACUAGUCGAUCGAUUAAAUUCAUGAUUCAAGUUUCCGACCAGUGCUCCGCCUAGACUCCCCGAUUGUGCAGAUUCUGCAACAAUGGGAGGGUGGGGGGAGUUUCGGUGUGGGUACGCCAUGCGAAAGAUGUACACUACAUGUAUUUCCUGUAUAGUAAAUAUCCAUUCGAUGUUUCCGUCGCAUGUAGCCCUCUGUGCCACUCUUAUCGAUGUAUUAGGGUGAUCAACAAAUCCUUGGACAACUUCAAACUCGUGUAACCUUCAAAGAAGUUUUCAAAUAUCUGCGGAAGUUCGAUACGCUGAACUUACAAGGGACGAUAUUCGACCUGGAAAAUCAAAAAAAUUUGCUACUUUGGCAAUACGCAAUACGUAUCACUGAAGUUUGAGAAUUUGUUGAAUUUCCGAGUCGAGGAUCAUUCCUUGUUAUUUGUAUGUUUUUCGCUUUAAAUUUAUUUCGGUUAUUUCGAUGACUUAUAAAUCUCUUCGCUAAUGUUUUUACCGACCAUCGGAUAUAUAGUUGAUAAUUUGAUGCUAUUAAAGUUUAAGCUUGUCCGGAAAUUUAUUAGUUACCCUAAAAUCUAAAUGCUCAGCGCUAUUCAAGCUUGUUGUUACACAGUGUUGUGAAAAAUUGUAGGUUCGACAAAGUUUGAUCGAUAUUCUUAACAAAUACUGAACUCGGUGAACAGUAAUAGCUAUUCUAUGAUAUAACUUUAAAUAAAGAAGAAACAAAAAUAGAUUUAUUAAGACAGAAUUCUUCUAAAUCAUAGUUUCAUUGAAAGUCAUCAAGAAACAAGCAUUGUCUUAUUGGAAAAUAAUUUCUUUCCUAAUUUCUGAUGCAGCACUUCUAGCAUUUGGUUUCCUCAAAAAUGACAAAUAUUUUUCUCCUAUUUUAAAUGCAACAUCCAUCAAUUCAAUGUUUUCUCAUAGCAAAACCUAUACAGCAAAUCCUUUCCUUGUGUUCACUGGUUCGUGACGAGCAGCGAUAGAACAAAAUGGCGGGUAGCAAAUUUUAUCGCUAAAAGUGAAAAUAGUACAGUUGGUAACUCAGUUACUACAACAGUGUAACAGAAUGAAAGGAUUUACUGCACUUGUUCACAACACUGUGUGUGAUCUAGUUGUUAUGCAUAUUUUUUCGAAUAGUAUUUACAGCUUGAGGCAUUAACACUUCAAGGACUCAGCAAACUUAACGAUCAAAUUUAAAUACUUCCGUAUAGUCUGCAUCCUUUAAACGAAUCAGAAUUUCUUAUAAAUAAACAUAUUGGUACCAAGUCCAUUCUAUUAAUGACAAAACGCCGUAGAUUAUAAAUAAUAAAUAAAAAUUCAUCUUAAACUUAUAUAAAACUGGAUUAGACGUUCCGGCGACUGUCCUUCGAGUGUUAAUUUACUCUUUGUUUCAACUUCUUUUCGUAUAUGAACAUCCUCUUGUUGGUCCGUAAGUUCUGGCUGUGUAACGAGUGUCGAGGUAUUGCUGUUUACUUGGCCACUGGCAUUGACAUUUUCUCAAUUGCUCCUUUGUGCGCCCCCUGUGACCCUGUCCCUUCCUAGGCCACGAUGCUGAAGAAGACCAAGGGUAAAAUGAAACGGCGUAAUACAGAGUCCAGCAUGCAGCUGGCCCUUCAGGCCGCGCCCUCGAACGAACCGGAACCAGAAAUCUUCUGAGUGACCGAACGUGUCCCGUGCAAGCGGAACGAGGAUGCCACGCCACGAGUACCACGUAUUUGCGCGCGAAAAUGGCACGGCUCUGUCGCACGCAGCAAACGAAACCGGCCUCGAAAUUCGUCUGUCUGACCGCCGGGUCACGCUCCGUACGAACUCGAAACGUUAAGCGCAAGUAACACACGGAUACCUCCGAUCAAUACGACGACAACAACGCAAGGGAGCUCCUCCACGAAAUGCCAGGAUAAAAUGGACUACGCCAUACGUACGAUAAGGUUAAAAAUCACAAAGCAGGAUGAACGCUCGUUUAUGGACAUUUCAUUAUGAACUCGAGUGAUCUUUAAUGUCCCUUUCCCCCCCCGAGUUGCUAGGAUGAAAAAAUAGAUCUCAUUUUUAAAUGUUAAUAAUCAUUAUAUAGCAUUGUACGUAGCUUCGAUCGAUAUUUUUUUAGUAAAAACGAACAAAAAAAAAAGAUGAUGAU